AUGGCUACGUGGAUUUGUGUUUCGGCAAUCCAUUUGGAGUGCUUUGAUGUGUGGGCAUUGAAGCGAAUUGGCAACUUGCUAGGUAAACUGUUAAAGAUUGAUGCUCUAACCACAUCUCAUAAUAGGGGCCAGUUUGCAAGGAUGUGUGUUGAACUGGAUCUUACAAAGCCGCUUGAAGCUUUUGUCCAGAUUAAUCAGGAAUGGUAUAAUAUUGAGUACAAGGGCCUACUUGAUAUUUGUUAUUUGUGUGGGAGGUAUGGUCACAAGAGAGAGCAUUGUGAGAAGAGGAAUUUUGUUCCUGCUACUGUGCCUGGGGAGGGACAAAGUUCAGUUGCUGAAGAUGUUUUGGGAGGCGAUGUUGCUAUGAAUUGUGAAGACCUUUUGGAAAACUUACGAGGCCCUUGGAUGAAUGUUCCAGCAAGGAGAAUGUAA